AUGUUAACUGUAUUCACUUUUCUAUCAACACUAUCUUUAUUAUUACCACAAACUUUCGCUCAAGGUGUAACGAUGCCUUCUUGUCUUUCUUUAAGUCGUUCCACUCAUUGUCCUGCUUUUGCAGAUUAUUCAAUAUCUUCUCAAAUUAUAACUGCUUCUGAUAUAACUGGUCAAUCAUUUUCUUGGUUAUCAAAUGCUUCAAAUAUUUCUCAAUUUGAUUCUCUUUUAGAAUCUUAUGUAAAUAAUGGAUAUGCUCAGUGGAGGUAUAAACAAACUUUAAAUUGUUCAAAUUUUACAUCUACAUCAAUGUAUGCUAGGUAUACCUAUACAAUGAUUUGUUCUGAAUUAGUAGAAUAUCCUUUAUCAAAACAAUGUAGUGCAACAAGUGGUCUUCAAGUUAGAAAUAUUUGUAAUUCUACUUGUACUUCUCAUGUAUCUUCAAUUUUAACUAUAGCUUAUAGUCCAAAUGUUUGUUCUCCUCCUAAUAAUCCGGCUCUUCAAUCCUUGGUAAAUUUAAUAAAAUGGUGUUCUAAUGAUUCUAAUGUCGAUUCUAAUAAUAACACUUGUAUUUCUGGUUACGGUCAAGAUGUUAACGCAUUCUGUCAAUAUUGUCAAACCAGAGAUAGUUGUUGUCUUCAAUCAUCCCUCUUUUCACAAUGUAAUUUCACAAAUGCAACUUCUCCUAUAGCAAUUAUUCCAUCAACUUCUCCAAGUUCAUCAUCCGAUUCAAAUAAUAAUCAAUCAAAUGUUACUCAAACAAUGUUAAUAGCAAUAUUUGCUUCAAUAUUUGGUUCUUUCUUAUUAUUUAGUGUAGUAUUUUGUUGUUUUAUAAGAAGAAGCAAAUUACGUCGUAAACCUGGUGCAGCUGGUGGUCCUGAUUCAGGUGGUGAAACUGGAACUAAAGGUGUUUCAAUGUAUUCUUCCUCUCCUUUCUAUUCUAAACCAUCAAGUGGUCGUGGUUAUUAUCCUGAAAGUGUUAGAUAUUCUGAUUUGGUUUCUCCAACUAAUAUUGAUAAUAAUGUUACUGAUACUGGUGGUAGACAACAACAAAUUUCUUCAAAUAAUGAUUCUGGUCCAAGACCUAUACCUGAAAGAACUUCUCUUAUUUUACCUAGUAAUAAUGAAUCUACUGUUACUAUUGAACCUGAAAUUGUAACUGUAGUAUUUCCUUAUGAAGCUAAUUUACCUGAUGAAUUAAAUAUUUCUCCUAAUGAUGUUAUAGAAAUUACUCACAAAUUUGAUGAUGGAUGGGCUGUAGGUAUAAAUAGAAAUACUGGAAAAGAAGGUGCUUUUCCAACGGUUUGUGUAAGUUCUACAGGAAAUACAAAGUAUGGUACUGCAAUAACUGAUCAAUCUGGUCAAUCUGGUCAAUAUGGUAAUAAUGGUGGUGAUGAAACUACUGAACAACAAACAUUAGAAUCAAGUGAACAUAGUGAAAUCGCUAGAAGAGAUGACAGUGGAUUAAUACCUACUUCUUCACCGUUAUCAUCUGAUAGAAGUGAAAGUCCUGUUAGAAAUAAUAGAAUUGCUGCAUUAAGUAAUUCGGAAAAUGUACCACGAAGAUUUUCAAGUGUUAGAAGGCAUGGUGAUGAUGAAAGUACUUCUACUUCACCUGUUCAGAGUAAUAAUGAUAUAAAUCGUGAAACGGGUGAAAAUGAUGAGGAAAAUGAGGAAAGGAACCUCAAUGUCUAA